AUGGCAGAGAGCGAGCUUGCCCCCAAGUUCGCCCCGUUCUUUUCCUUUGCUGGCAUUGCUGCUGCAAUGAUCUUCGGGUCGGCAGGAGCAGCUUAUGGCACAGCAAAGUCAGGAAUCGGUAUUGCGGGUGUGGGAACUUUCAGAUCUGAUCUGAUCAUGAAGUCCCUCAUCCCCGUCGUUAUGUCCGGUAUCAUCGCAGUUUACGGUCUUGUGAUCGCAGUUCUCAUUGCGCAAGGAGUGGGCCCAACAACCAACAUGAGCUUAUACACCGGCUUCAUGCACCUCGCUGCAGGAAUGUCCGUCGGUCUUUCAGGUGUGGCUGCUGGAUAUACGAUCGGUGUGGUGGGAGAUGCGGGUGUUCGGGCAUACAUGCAACAAUCCCGAGUCUAUGUUGGAAUGAUUUUGAUUUUGAUUUUCGGCGAAGUCCUUGGUCUUUAUGGUCUGAGACUCUUGAGACCCUACCAAAGCUGUGUUGCCGAUUGGUGGCGCGCUAACGGGCCGGAUCUCAUACUUUUUUUUCCCUUCCUUCGGAUCACGAUUCUAAUGGCAACUGGAACAGUGCAACACUCGCCGAAUGAGGCGCCAGGCACCAUGGUGUUCCCCAAGCCCAACGGAUCCCUCCACCAGAUCGAGAAAUCCAUUGUCGAAUCCCUCCGCUCGUCCCCGCGAUCCUCCAACCCGUUUCUUAUCACCGAGCGCCAGGGCGAAAAACAACUGUGUAUCCAAUCAAGGACUUUGCGCGUGACUGAUUUUGUCCUCAUUAAGACUCUGGGAACUGGCACUUUCGCUCGGGUAUGGCUCACAAGGUUGAAGGACCAGAAGGACAAGAGCAAAGUCUAUGCCCUGAAAAUUCUUCGAAAGGCAGAUGUGAUCAAACUCAAGCAAGUGGAACAUGUGCGCAACGAACGGAAAGCCCUUGCAGCGGUCAUUGAUCACCCAUUUAUCACCACCCUCAUCGCGUCUUUCUCGGAUGAAAAGAGCCUCUACAUGCUGAGACGCUUCAGUGAGGAGACUUCGAUAUUCUACGCUGCCGAAAUCACAAUGACCAUUGAGUUCCUCCACGACGUUCAUGGGAUCGCCUACAGGGAUCUCAAGCCGGAAAAUAUCCUACUGGACGCCGAUGGCCAUCUCAAACUGGUUGACUUUGGGUUUGCAAAGCAAGUCGACAACCGUGAGACAUACACCCUUUGCGGAACACCGGAAUAUCUGGCUCCAGAGGUUAUUCAAAACAGCGGCCAUGGACUCGCAGUGGAUUGGUGGGCGCUUGGAAUCCUGAUAUACGAAUUCUUGAUUGGCCAGCCCCCAUUCUGGGACCAGAACCCUAUGCGAAUCUAUGAGCAGAUCGUCGAGGGUCGCCUACGCUUCCCGCCGAAUAUGCCGCCCGCAGCGCAGAAUAUUGUCUCCCUUCUGUGCAAGACGAAUCCAUCGGAACGACUCGGCCAUAUUUCCGGGGGCUCGACCCGAGUCAAGUCGCAUCCGUUCUUCCAAGAUGUCAUUUGGGACGAUUUGUUUUACCGCCGGGUGAAAGGGCCUAUACUUCCCCGCUUGUCGCACCCCGCGGAUACUGGUAACUUCGAAGAAUACCCGGAUCCCCCCGACGUCAGACACGCCAACAUCUACACCGAUGACCUGAAGAAGAAAUAUGAGGCAUUAUUCAGUGACUUCUGA